CAAGAAAUUAGUGGGUAGCCUAGAUACAAUCUGGGCUCCCACUCCCUUAGUGACAACAAAGCUAAGUCUAGUGAAAAUGUACGUGGCCGCCCGAGCCCCCGCAUCCUGAGAUUCGGAGAAUUUCUGGAUGCGUUUAAGCAAAGCCACAACAUCCAAAUCCAACUCCCCCAGUGAAGAGAAAGAAAAGGGCAGGAACCUGUAACCAGCCGCCAUGCACAAGUCCCGAUACUUGGCACACUUUUGCCGAGCGGCAUCAGCUACAACUCGACCGGGCACAAAAUCGGUCAUCCCAGUCUGAGUCAAAGGGGAAGACCCAGUCAGAUCAAUACACACAUCUCGCCCCCUAUCCCAGGAAUAAAACAAAAAAUCCGCAGGACGAAGGGGUUCCCCAUGCCCAUCAACCAAACUGAUAUCAACCUCCUUUCCGAUAGAAAUCCCAGACCUAUAACAGAUGUCCAGUAAGGUGUCUCGAACGAGGUUAUGCCGGUGCUUAAUGCCCAUAAUACCAGCACAGGACACAACAUGAGCCCUAAAGACAUCACCAUCAAAGACACGGGUCCAAGCAGAACAGGGCCUAGAUACCAAAAAUAAUGGGACACCCAAUUGAUUGAUUCCGAUUUUACCUCAGUUUUCGAUUUUAGGUAAAAUCCUGAUUUUAACUGCUUUGGGCGCUUGGCGGCAGUAGCGACGUCAGUUGGAUGGCCACACGACGGUGGUGAUUUCGGCAGCGACGGUGGAGGAACCGUAGGGGGCAGCUGAAACGACUAGGGUUUUGGAUGCCAAUAUGCCAUCUCUUGUUUUUGUUUCGGGUCCGAGCCCUAUUGGGUACCAACCCACUUGUUUUGGACUUUUUUUUAUUGAUUUUCACAUCCAUGCUCUUUUUAUUUGCUUGUACUUUUCCCGUUAGGGCUUGCCCCCAUCGUCUUCCUAAUGACACAUAUCUUUAAAAAAAAAAAAAAGUUAUUCAGGGAUUACCAAUAAGUGAGAAGAAGAGAGGCCGAUUAAAAUUUGAUGCAAUUGGAAAUUUAAUUUAUGAUGUUAUAAAUAAACUUUAUGACAAUAAAAUUUGAAGGCAUAAGCUGCAAAAUUACCUACGUGAAUUUUGAGGUUUUGAAAGGUUUUUUUUUCUUCUAUUCAAAAUCAAAACUAGGUGCGUUACGGCCUCCACUUAUGUGUGUGGGUCGCCAGGCUCUUGACGAUGGGAGCUGCAUCAAGACGGCAUUUAGAUUCCAUAAAAAAAAAGUAUUCAUGACAAUAUUUUUCAUAGGGUCGGAGGAGACAAGACAAAGGAGAGAAGAAAGAAGAGGGCGAGAAACAGCUGCAGCAGCAGCAGCAGGCAAAGGAAGGAAGGAAUGAAACUACUGGUUUUGGAAAUUAGCCAAUCGUCUCCUUCUCCGCUCUCCACUGCGCCCUUGGCCAGUUCGCCCCAUCUAAAAAAAUUCCCUUUUCCGGUUCUCCCUAUGUUUCUCUACCCAGUCUUACGCAAACUCCCUCUCCAAUGGAUUCAAUUAAUUUGUCAUUCUCUCAUUCAUUUCUCUCCCUCUCUCCUCCCUCUCCCCAAUUGCCCGCCAUUGCUGCUGCUGCUUCUUCUUCUUCUUCGUCCUCCUUUUGGCCUCAGGGUUUCUCGUCCUGGGCCAUGGUUCGCCGUAUUCUGGAAGUGACCAAUCCGCCGUCUCCGAGUAAGCUUCCUGAGCCGCGCGGUACGCCUUCGCCUUCUCCGAUGAGUUCUUCCGCAUUGUUCUUCUUCGCUGGCGUUCUGGUCGUCCUCGUUAUUGUGUUGAUCCUCAUCACCCUCUUCUGGAAGUUCAUGAAAUUGAACGAUAUGACCACCAAGUUCGCCAAGAAAGACAAUUCGCUGCCGCCUCAAGGAGUUGCAUCCGAGGUUCUAAGUGGAACUCUCAGAACGAUUAGCUACUUCAAUUUCCAGACGCUAAAGAAGGCAACCAAGAAUUUUCAUGCUGAUAAUCUCCUAGGAAGAGGUGGAUUUGGCCCGGUUUAUCGGGGCAAACUGAGAGACGGUCGGACAGUGGCUGUGAAAAAGCUAUCAUUGGAUAAAUCCCAACAAGGAGAGUCAGAGUUCCUAGCGGAGGUGAGAAUGAUCACCAGCAUUCAACACAAGAACUUGGUACGCCUCCUCGGAUGUUGUUCCGAUGGGGAACAACGUCUACUUGUCUAUGAAUACAUGAAGAACAGGAGCUUGGACCUCAUAGUUUAUGGGAACAACAAUCAAUUCAUGGAUUGGAACACAAGGUUCCAGAUAAUCCUCGGCAUAGCUCGAGGCCUACAAUACCUGCACGAAGAUUCCCCUCUCCGAAUCGUUCACAGAGACAUCAAAGCGAGCAAUGUUCUCCUAGACGACAAGUUCCAGCCUCGGAUCAGCGAUUUCGGGCUGGCCAGAUUCUUCCCUGAAGACCAAGCUUAUCUCAGCACCACAUUUGCAGGAACCUUGGGUUACACAGCCCCAGAGUAUGCGAUCAGGGGCGAGCUGUCCGAGAAGGCCGACAUCUACAGCUUUGGAGUGCUCCUUCUCGAGAUAAUCUGUUGCAGGAAGAACACAGAUCUCAGCUUACCAUCGGAGCAGCAGUACCUUCCUGAAUACGCGUGGAAGCUAUACGAGAAAAACAAGGUGAGUGAGCUGAUAGAUCCGAGGCUUCGACAACAAGGGAUCGAGGAUAGAGACGUGGUGCACGUGAUCCACGUGGCGUUCUUGUGCCUUCAGCCGCUGGCGAACCUGAGGCCGCCGAUGUCUGAGGUGGUGGCGAUGCUAACGUGUAAAGCUGAUACAGGGACACCCCUAAAGCCAGCAUUCUUGGAUAAGCGGAGGAGAGCAGAAGGGAGCUUCUCUUGGGAUGUUAUCUCAGAGGCUUUCCCUUCUCCCUAUGGGAGUCUGGAAUCUCAUCCUGCAUCUAGAGCAAAGUAAGAGGCUUUAUAAACAAAGAGGUAGCUUGAUGUUCAAGUAAGCUAAAAAAAAAAAAAACAAAGCAAAGACAUUGUAAUUAAUCCCUAAUCCGGAAGACAUCCAGUGUUCUUGUGAAGUUCAUAAAGUAGGGAGUACGUAGAACUAGGGUUUUCUUCCUUUUCCCCUUUUUUUGAAAUUUAACUAGGAUAUCACCCCCCCUUUCUCAAUUUCAUAGGUUAUAGGAAGUCCACACAACAGUUGAACUAACACCUUGUGUAGAGAGAAACAGGUGUGUUUUCCCCCCCAAUCAAGUGACGAAAUGUUC